AAAACAGCCACUUACCUGUCCCUCGGUCCUCUGGUGUGUCCCCCGCAGCCCGUUUCACUGGGUGUCUUGUAUUCCAGGAGGCUGGCAUCUUCAGUGUGGGUACCUGGCUGAGAUAGCUUGCGGCUUCACAGCCGGGUGCCCACUGCGCAUGCGCGAGUAGCGCUGCACAUCAUGAAUGGUCCUAUAGUCUUCUGGGACCUGUCACGUGUCCCAAAAGACUACAGGGUGGGAGGGAGGACACCUUCCGCUUCCAAUCGCCUAGGCAAUCGGACCGGAAGUGGAAGCGGGUACCUGUCAAAUUCGGAUACCCGCUCCCCCCCCCUGCUUCCCAAAGGGGGACCAGUCCUUAAAGCGGAACUUCCCCUUUUGGGUGGACCUCCGCUUUAA